UUCCACUGGGCCAAAAGCAGGAACACUCGUGACGCUCGAGAGGAUGCGCUCAACUCUGCGGGCACCGACGGUGAGGUCAAAUGUUCGGCUUGCGAACAGACCGUGCACGUGGUCCUCACGAACCGCCCCUCCGGCCUGUCCGACAAGUGCGCACAUAUCCUGUGCUCCGAGUGCCAGGAGGGUACAGGCGACAGCUGCCCGGUGUGCGAAGCGACGCUGCGACCCCUCAAACACCAACGUCCCCCGGAAAUCGGGAUCCCCCAGUCCCGUCUGCACCAAGGCGACCUGCGCUCCGAAGGCUGCUCGUCGAAAAUGGUCGCCCUGGCCGAGGACCUGCGGGGCGCCGCCGCCGCGGGCGACAAGAGCAUCGUCUUCUCGUGCUGGACGACGACGCUGGACCUGAUCGGCCAGCACCUGAAAGCGUGGGGGAUCACGUUCGAGCGCAUCGACGGCGAGCACUCGGUCGAGCACCGUCAGGACGUGCUCGCGCGGUUCGGGGCCGACCCGCUCGUCCCCGUGCUGAUCAUGACCACGGGCGUGGGCGCGUUCGGCCUGAGCAUCAUCGCCGCCAACCGCGUCUUCCUCGUCGAGCCGCAGUGGAACCCCAGCGUCGAGGCCCAGGCCAUCGGGCGCACCAUCCGCAUCGGCCAGCAAAAGGCCGUGCUGGUCACGCGCUACGUCGUCGAGAAUUCGGUCGAAGAAGACAUCCGACAGUUACGGCGUCGUAAGGAGGACAAGGCGAAGAUGAUCAGCGAAGACAGGGACCCGGCUGACACGAAGACAGCCUGUCGCAGGAAAUCGUUGGAGAAGUGUAUUUGCGGCCAAACAACUUGAUAUGACUGUUACGACACCUACGGAGAAUGCAAGCUCUCGGCAGCGCAAAGGUAGGGCUCGGAGGCGGAGCCGCAACUCGGUAGGAGGUUGGAAUUGAAGAGAAGCUACCAAGCCGUCAAGCUAGCUUUGGCCCCCAAAAAUGUGCAAUGCCAUCUCGAUGGGGGAAGUGGAAAGCGCGGAUGCCGGCAUGAGGGGCUAGCUGACCGGUGAAGAGGGCGGCCGCGAGCUGCGUGGGCAAUAUGACGCGAGAUCACCUAGCCGGAUGCGCCCGAGUAGCCACGAAUUCGAUGAUUCGCCCUCCUUACUCCCUAAGCAGGAAUAGACCGGCAGAUGAACACCCUUAAUGCGUUGUAAGUGGACCCUCAGCC